CAACUUAUGCCCAGCCACCACAGAUUUGAUAUGCAGACUUAGAAGACUGAUAAUAAACGUAGAAACAAAUACUCAUGAUACAAACAGAAAAGAAGGGGCAAGAGGCAUCCCACUGCAGUUAUGUAGGAAAGCAAUGUUUUCUCGAGGUUCAAACGGGAGUUGAGCAAGUCGAGUAGAUGGAUAUUAUAAUUAGAUAUAGCUGAAUUCAUCGGUGUAUUAAGCGGUCUUGAUAGCGUACUGAAGAGUAGCAGAUAUUUGUGUGCAAUUUUCUUAGAUUUUUAUGACUGCAACUGAGUUGUCAUUUGAGGAAUCAAGAAAAUUAACAUCAAAAUGGCUGGGACAGAGCAUGUUGAUCCAGUGAGAGAAGAAAGGGCUGGGAAAGUUAGAGAAGUUGGAUCACAAGCCAUUUGGAGCCUAUCAUCGUGUAAACCAGGAUUUGGAGUAGACCAAUUACGAGAUGAUUGCAUGGAUACAUAUUGGCAAUCUGACGGACAGUUGCCUCAUUUGGUUAAUAUCCAAUUCCGACGGAAAACUACUGUUAGUGACAUAUAUAUAUUUACUGACUACAAGAUAUCAAUUCGUGCUGGAACACAUUUCAAUGAUUUGCAAGAAGUUGAAGUUAUCGACUUGAAUGAACCUACUGGAUGGGUUCAUAUUCCAAUUAAGGACAUUCAUGAAAAACCAAUUAGAACAUUUAUGAUUCAAAUUGCAGUAAUCAGCAAUCAUCAGAACGGGAGAGACACACAUAUGAGACAAAUAAAGAUACAUUCUCCCAUGAUGAGUAGAGGUGUUGGUGUGGGUGACUUAGGAAAUUUUGUUACUGUGGAAUUUCAGCAGUACAGUUGUGUCAGAUGAGUUGCCGCAUUGUACUGAUUAUUCAAGUUUCCCCCUAUUAGUUUGGGAGAAAUAAUGGGUGCAUUGACAAUUGGAGCCUUGUUCCACUUAAAUAUUAAAUUUUUAUAUUUAUUAAAAUGACUAUUCUUUUUUUAAGAAAAAUAAAACAAUUCUUUAUACAGUUAAGUGAGGCACUUUCAUUGGUUUUAAAAUCAGUCCAUGUACCAUGUCACUAUCUUGGCAAACCUUGUCACCAGUGGCAUAUUCCUUCCCAAUUUUGGCCGAUGGGUAGAUGAUGCAGGGCGCAUGCAAGAUACGACCUGUCGGCAAUUCCCUGACUUGACUACACAGCGGCCCCUAGAGGGUACUUAAUAACAGGUUUACUUUAGGGCGCUAAAAAAUUAAUUAAAAAAAAUAUUUAGAGGGACUGAGAAGGUCCUUAAUGCCAAGGAAUAAUAACGAAACUGUAUUGCAAUUCACUUGGAAAGGCAUUUACUUAUAGUAAAUGUGCCAAUGUUAGAAAAACUUUUAUUUUAUCAUUUACACUCAGUUACGCAAAACAAUGAGGACCCCAGGUUAAAUAGCAUUUUUGGAUAUCGCCAGAAGACUACUCCCCUCUGCAUUUAUCACCUACAGUUUUUACUAUCUCCAAAGGUUUUCUUGAGCUCUGGAAUUGGAAUCUUUCCUUUCUACUGUACAUAAUUUAAUUUUGAAUAAAUGUGAGUAUUGUUAUCAAAAUGUGAUCAAAAGUAUUUGCUCCCAGGUAGUGAUAACUAAUUGCUCCAACAAAAAGCUACAGAUUUGAUUUGGUACUAUUGAUGCUAAUUAAAUUACAAUCCCCACUCCUCUCAUUCUAGCAAAAGAGCAGAUAGUGAAGUUAUGGAUAUUGUCCAGCAAUGCCCCAUCUUAGCUGCAUUUGCUCAAUGGAAGAUAAACUGGAUGAUGAACUAAAAUAGCUGUCCUUCACCCAUCUGGGUACAAUAAUUGUUACAAAUAUUUUCAGUGAUUUACAAUUAUACAGUAUAAAAACUAAUAAUAAUGAA